AUGACAGUCGUUCAUUUGAUUAUAUUUCUUCAUACAUGGUCAUCUGGUCGACGUGUGGCUCCAGCAGGGAAUAUGUUAGCAAGACAAACAACAUCUCAAACUGUUUUUAAUGAUCGAGAAAAAAGUCUUUUAAAGCAUAUUAUUAUUAUGAUGGUUGUAUAUGUUAUAGGUUGGAUUCCACUUUAUAUUUAUCGAAUAGGUUAUGGAAUUCUAUUUACAUUAACAUUUACAUUUAAAAUUUUAACAGCUUUACCUAUCAUUAGUUGUUGGAUUAAUAUGGUGACUAUGCUCAUAUACCAUCAUGAAUUUCGACAAUAUGUUAAACAACACAUUUCUCGAAUUAUCAAAGGCCCUCCAGCACAAGUGACUACUAUUACUACUGCUACUACUAAGCGGACAUAA